AUAACCUGGUAACACUGACAGUUUGCGUGCGAAUUGCGUCCUCAUUCAGACAGCACGUAUUUUGCUAAUUAAUUAAAAUAAUACAACAGUAAAUCACUUUUUUCGAAUUGAUUCAUUACAAGUGGAAUGUAUAGUGAUGCAUAAAAUAUUAGUUCAUUAUGUCCUAGUAACGGAAUACUCUACAAUGACCCUUGAGUUCACGGCUGCAUUUGCUUGCGCAUCGUGAUAUUACCCAAUUUGGUGAAGAAAUUCCAAACAUUCUAUCCGUUUGUUUUGUUUAUUUUCCGCAGAUCAUAUUCACAUGAACGCCUGGAGGUUGUAUUCUGUCUGUAUCAGUUGCAAAUGCUGCAUUAUGGUUAUGAUGUUCAUAAUCGAGUCAUUGAACCUAGUUGCGGCGUGGUGACACUGUGCUGUGGUUUGUGGGUCGUAAAUAUGUAAAUAAACAUGAACGAUAUCAGCGUAAAAAUAGUGGAAUCAGUGAAGGAGCAGCCCGUCGGUGAUGAGACGCCCUCGGCUGGUAUCCUUGCGGAUAAUGCGGUGGAUCCAUUGGCGAUAGAAGACAGUGCCGUGGGUGUUUCAAAGACUCCUUUGAAUGAAGAGGGCACGCCAGAGAUUGUAAUAAAGGCGGGAAUCUGUGAUGAAAAUGCCAAAGAUGAGAAGUCCAGUGAGAGUGAUAGGAAGGAAUGUGAUAAGUUAGUUGCAUUACAAGCAGAAAGGAUAAAAGAGGAAUUACUCAAAGAGGAUAGCAACUCUCCCUGUUUUGUCGAGCCGUCCGAAGAGAAGGCGACACUGGUUCAUGAUGCAGAGACUCCGGUUGAGGCAGAGCAGACAGAACCAGUUGCCGAACCAGUUGCAGCUGACGAGGAGCCUAUGACGGUUGAUGAGCCCGUUAAGGAGCCUGAGACUGUAGCCGUAGCUGAAGCCCCUAAAACCGUUAUCCCCGUAGAAACACCUCCGCCUAAGGAACCCAGUCCUCCCAAAGAAGUUCUACCGGUUGUUGAAGUUCCAUCGACGGUGGAAACCGAUGUAGAGAUGAACGAAACACCAAAAGCUGACGACAAACCUGAACCCCCCAAGGAUCCCAAGCCUAAAAAGGAAUCUGUAAAUGGUGAUGUUAGUAAGGGAAGUCAUAAGGAUGACCAAUCUUCGAAGCGGCGCGCCAGCGAAGAUGUCGAAACAGAUUCUCCCCUCAAGAAACUGUACCAAGAAGUAGAGAAGGCCUUCCCUCAACACGAUGUUAUGAUCAACGACUACAUACAAACCGCCACGAAAAAUAACAUAGAGGAAAUACAAAAGCACACGGAACAGUUGUUAGCAGAAAUACAGACCUUACGUGAACUAGCACAGAAAAAGGAACAAGAAUGGAACAAUAUACUGCACUUAAAGAAAGUGAAAGAGGAAAUUUUACUAAGGUUGUUAAGAAGAAAGCAAGUACUGUCAUUUGAAAAGGCGGCUGAGGUGAACGGAUCAGACCGCACUGACCCAUUUGACUACUUGAAUCAAGCAAAAAACUUAGCGAUAGACAAAAGUGACGAGAUCUCAGGGUUGUCAAUCAAGCAGCCUGGCCCCUCAAGCAUGAGCCCCAUGAUGCAACCUCAAGUGAUGCCGGUGACUUCCCACUUCAACCCUAUGUCAGGGCUGCCCCCACCAUACGACAAAGCUGCACAUAUGCAAAAUAUGCCAAAGCCAGUUUACCCGCAGCCCAUGAUGAUGCCUGGCCCAAUGCCAGGGUUCCCACGGGACAUGAACGGGCAAUUGCCCACUGGGUACAACAUGCCUAUGGGUCGGCAGGGCCCCACCAAGGAUGUGAAGUCGAUUAUUGCUGAUUAUAGACAGCGGAAUCCUGAGAUGACUCCGCGAAGGGGUCGGAGAAUGAAAUCGAUUUUAAAUCCUAAUAUGAUGGGUGCCCCGAGGCCAAUAGCACCGAAAAUGGAUAGCAUGAACAACUUGAACAACCUGAAUAUGCUUUUCAACAAUUUAGAUAUGAACCAAAAAGCGAUGCUGGAAAGGUUGCAACAGAUCCAAGCGGGAGGGUUACCCAAUGGGCUCUCGUUCAAAGACGUACUCGUUCAGUUCGCAAAUAUGCAGCAGAGCAGUUCCGGGCUCAUUCCGCCGCGGCCGGAGCCCCCGAGGCCGGAGCCCCACGCGCGCCCGGAGCCCCGCCGCCGGCCCGAACCGCGCCAUGAAGAGAUGCACCCGCCGCCUAAACAGGUGGAAAGACUGGCAUCCCCUAGUCCCCGAUUGCCCCCACCACCCCCCUACCCCGAGAUCUCACUACUCCCCGUCACCACACAAGAGAGCCAGACUUCCCAACAAAACUCUUUGCUGCACGGCAUACUGACCAAGAGCUGCGGCGAAAUCACCAUCACUCCCGUUCAGCCGGCGCCGCCGCCGGCGCCCGACCCCCAGCCGGAGAAACCCGAGGAGGUCGUCCAAUUGCAGGACGACGAAGAGAGCCCCGGCUCGUCGGGCUCGGGCGGCGGCUCGCCCGCGGGCUCGGGCUCCGGCUCGGGCUCGGGCCGCCUCGUCAUCGACGAGCAGGCGGCCGCGCAGCCCUCGCCCGACGACGCGCCGCUCUGCCAGGGCUGCCGCCGCCGCGACGCGCAGUUCGUGUGCGCCGGCUGCGCCAACCAGUGGUACUGCAGCCGCGACUGCCAGGUCGCGGCGUGGGACGAACACUCGGAAAUGUGUUCAGGAUAAUGUAAGUGACUCCGGCCGCAGCAGCGGCUCCGCGACUUUGCUCGGUGUUAGCGCAUCUAGUGUCAUCUGCCUUAUAAUAACUAUUAAUAAUUACGUGAACAUAAGAAUUCGUGAGAAUCUCUAUUUUGGACGCAACAAUUUUUUGCGUAGUCUCGUAUUUUUUUACAACGUAUGACGGUUUUUACAUUCGUUCGUACACGUUCAAAAUAUUUAUUGGUUUUGUGAAUUGCUAAAGAAGGUGCAUUUUUCCACAGUGGGUUAUACCUUAUACUCGGUCACAAAAUAUCUAGUGAUAGUUGUAUUUAUUCCUAAACAUUUAAAUCAUAAUUCUACUUAAAAUGAAUACAGUUAUUGACCACUGUGGACCGAGUUCGAAGAAUAUAAUGUAAAAAAUACGCCAACUGCCGAUAUAGUGAUACAACUCAAACUUAUUGUAUUUAUUGUGUAAGUCGGCCGAUUGUGUCAUUUACAAUCCGAUAGCAACCUCUUCAGGAUCUUUAGCCGCCGUCAUAUUGUCUAUUAUGACUUUAUGACGUCGGUUUAUUGCAUAACUGUUCCAAAAUCCGGUUCUGUUCCGAAACCCGGUUCUGUUUUGUUCCAAAAUCCGGUUAUGUUCUGUUCCAAAGCCCGAUUCUGUUCUGUUCAAAGGUCCGUGUUUUUGCUACCACAACUUUCCGUACAGGAUCACAAUAGGAUCCUAUUCUGAAACGCAAACGAAAUUGAGCAGAGAUUCAAUUAAAUAGAGCUCAAAGCAAGCAAAUAUAUUCGUGAUAAUAAUCGAUACAAUGACAACACGCUAGCAAUAUUAAAGCUUUCUUUUAUAGCGUUUCAAUUGAUCUUUAGUUGAUUUUCCCAACAAUAAAGUUACAAAAUCUUUUUCUAUUUCAAUAAUAAAGUUAUGAUUCCAACUUCGUGGAAGUAGAGGAAUUUUCUCCUAUUAGGUAUCCCGAUUUUCAGUAGCAGACUGCCAUCGGCUAAAAUAUAUCGUCCGUUCUAGUUCAGUAGGCCGACUUACACUCAAUCCGUCAGGGUGCCUAGUGCGAGUUUGCACCAAACGUCAUCAGGGUCAAAAUGACAUGACAGAUUGUACAGCGUCCCUAGCGGAUACUUUCAAGGACUAAAAUCUUCAUAGACUUUUUUACGCACUCUAGCGACGACGUUCAAUGCAAACUCGCACUUUGCACACAGAUUUUUAAGACCUAUAAAAUGACAGUCCAUAUUAUAGUCCUUCAAAGGCGAAAUAACGAUGUAUCUCGAGUUUUAUAGGUUUUAUUCGAGACCAGUUUUUUUUUAUUUAGCUAUUGUCUAUAGCUCUAGGCUUAGAAGAUACCGACUUAUA